AGUAAUUCUGUCAGAUUAAAAAGGUUUGUGCUCCCGGCUUUGAUACAAAUGUUUAUCGGGAUGUGCGGAUCAAGUGUUAUUAAAUUGUUUACAGUUAUGUGAACUUCAAACAAGAAUCAACACUAUUUGUAAACAUUCGAAUGAAGAGUAUUCCAUGUGAUAUUUUCUCUCACGUAUAACAAAUAAUCCGGUGUUGAAUAUGUUUUCAUAGUUUCUUCUAUAAAUAUACAGUUCGACUAGCUGUGGAAAACCCAAACCUACGGAAUAUUGAUGAUAAUGCAUCUAGUUAGAACACACCGGAAAUCUUCGAAUGAAUUCCUAUUGAUUGAUUUCUGAUCGGUUCGUCCAAGUGAAGUAGAAAGUUGUUGCGAAAAAAUGUAUUCCUAGGGGUCGUGCGAAGAUUUCUGUUGGUAUUUUUGCACUGAAUGGGUUGAAAAACAUUCCGGGGUCAGGAACGAAUGAAUUUGUGUUGAAAAUGUGCCGAAAACGUUGAUGGAACAUCGGAAAACGUUGAAAAAUGAGGAAAUAGCAUGUGCUAAAAGUGGCCGUUCGUCUUUUACUUCUGCGAUGUUGUGUUUUCUUCAUGGAUUCAACGAUAGAGAUGACAAAAAUCCAUCCAGAGACCAGAAAACUUUCAGAUUCAGACUUCUGAGGAAAUCUAGAUCCUCCACGAAUUUCGAUACUACGACCACGAACAGAGCCAUGGUGGUGCCCAAUCGAACUCACUGCCGUACGCAGUCUGCAGUAUCUCCAAAUAUCGGCGAGGUUGCCGCCUCUUCUAGGGCGGCGGUACGCACACUUGCGGGUUCCGCUUCAGCGGCGUCCCUCCUACAGGUCCACCGUAGUCCAAGCCACCAACAGGGUGUUUUCACCAAGAUGGACAAGGCCUCAUUGAAGCUGUUAUCUACCUCAUCGCCAGCUAUGACUUCUCAGUCUCAGAUAACAUCCCCUGCGAGUCCAAAACCGGAGAAGAAGGAGGGGGAAACUCCUACAGCUUCAAAGUCCAGACAGAAGAAGUUUCAUCGUCAUUUUCCAUCGGUUGAAAGUGAUGAGCAAGUGCUCAAUUAUUACUCAUGUGCCCUCAUUAGUGAUAUUUUACUGCAGGGUCACUUGUACAUAACGAAAAAUUAUUUUGCCUUCUACUCUAACGUGUUUGGAUAUGUUACAAAGCUUCUGAUACCAAUGCCUACAGUAGAGAAGAUAACCAAGGAGAAAACAGCCAGGAUAAUCCCCAACGCUGUUGGUAUCUCCACCGCUGAAGAGAAACACGUUUUUGGUAGCUUGAUCUCUAGGGAAAACACCUACAAGUACAUGACGAAGGUUUGGGAGGUGUCUCAGAAGGCUUUGGAAGAGGCAGCUCUUGAGGCGGAAGCGUUGUCGCCUCCAGAACCUAUGGAGUUGGCUUCGGAAAGCGAUUCCUCCGAAACAAAAGAAGGAGAGAGUGAAAAAGAGGGGGGUCCUUCGACAGAAACCACUAACUCAAGACUUCACGACAUCAAAACGGUGCUAGACCGUUGUCAACAACAUCACCAAGAUAGUACGAAUAUAAAACGUAGACUGUUCCAAAAGUACAGGAGUAUGUGGAAUCUACCUGUGCAAAAGUUGAUAUUGUAUGCUGCCAUUUUUUUACUGUUAACUCUUACUCUAUCUGCCACCCUGAUCCUUUAUAGAAUAAGCAAGAUACAUGAGGAGUAUGUGUCACUCAUGGAGCUUCACGACCCUUCUUUAUCCAGCGACCACAUCUACAACCAGUUACUGCGAUUUUCAGUUCAUCUUCAUUCGAAGUCGAGCAACUCGAUGCACAACUUUAUAGAUUCCAAUCUACACCAGAUUGCUAAGGUAAGGCAGAAUCUGGAACUUCUCUCCUCUAUUUUGAUGCCAAAAGAACCACUGCAAGAAGCCAAUGGUAAUAGUGAAGAAGAUUUGAGGAACGAUAACAGUUAACACUUUUUCGGGGUCUAGUUUUUUCGAUUUGACCCCGUCUUUGUGAUAGCGGGGUCCUUUGAUCUUUUUAAGGAGGUUGUGGUAUCAAACUUGCCUACCUCAGGUUGGCUAAUGUGCGAAAGCAUCGGUUUUCUCAUAUUUUAAGUUUGGCGAUUGUUUCUGGACCCUUCUUGCCAAUAUAAAACGCUGUGAAAUUAGGUUUGCUGUCUGAAUGUGGUGAUAACUUUCAGUAGAUAAAUAAGCAACUAUUUUUUUUAUUUUUUUGCUUCAAGGAAUUCGCCUCAUUCGAAACUGCUGAGUUCUCAUUUCUAUGUAUAAUAUAAAAUAAUUGAGCUUUGCAAAGCCAUUAUCUUCAUUGAAUUAAAAAAUUGUCCUAAUUUGCAUCGUAUACGCAAAUAUUUUGUUAGUACUUUAUCUCCGUCUGUCAAAAAUUUUAUAAAGGACAUAUAAAUUCCACUUAAAUCUCUUCUUCCAUAUUU